CUGUCAAAAAAAAAGUAAAUAAACAAUCGAUAAAGGAUUUUUUCAUUUUCUUCAAAUAAAAGCUAUUUUUUACUGUUUUUGUACCGAAAAUGGAUCAAUAUUCCCCGAAAAAGACUUUGUCCACGUCGACUCAGGAAAGUUUCGAAGCAUUAGAUCCACACGAUCCCGAAUUGUGUAAAUAUGCGAAAAAUAUGUUCGAAAAGACGGGACUUUAUCUGAAAGGAGAACUCUCAGCUGUGCUCGAAGACUACAAGUUGCUCGAUAAUAUGAAUGCCGCGACAGCUUCGCGUUACCAACAAGUCGAUGCCUCAAUAGCGAGACUCAACACUGCCAAUUCCCAAAUAAAUCAACAAAUGGUUGAACUUUUGCCUUUAAUGAAGGAAAUAGACGAGAUCGAAUGUACUGUCGAGAAGUUGGAGCAAGCCGCUUAUCGCUUAGAUGCUUAUACAACAAAGCUAGAAAAUCAGUUUAAGACAGUUUUUCCCAAACAAAAGUGAACAUUCCCCGAAUUAUUUGCGUUAAAUGUGAUUUAUUUUGAGUUUUAAGGAAAAAAAUUAAAAUUUUAAGACUAAU